CCGAACUUUAAGCGAGCGACCACGACAACCACCGUGCUUGAGUUGUUCUUCUCGUUCUUCUUCUUCUCGUUCUUCUCGUUUGUGUCUCUGCUCCUUGUUAUUCUUUCUGUUGUUGUGAUUCCUGACUACAGAAUCUCAAACAGACAGCCAUGUCGGACCUCCGGGCCAACGCCAACCGCUCCAAGGCGUACAUUCGCCAGCGUGAGAUGGCUGACAUGGAGAUGGAGCGGAAACGGAAGAAGAUCCAAGAGCAGUCAGAAAGGAACGCCAACAUUGCCGCAAAGUUUGCGUCCGAGAAUGAAAGCGUGGAAGCGCAGAUUCGAGCCAAGACAUAUGGUCUGGUCACCCUAGAGCAGAUGAAAGCUGCUGCAAAGGCUGCCGAGGAGGAGCGCUCCCGCAAAGUGGCGGAAGCUGAAAAGGCACAAAAGGCAAAGAAGAAGAAGAAAAACCGCAAAAUGGCCAAGGUUGCUCUUUCAUUUGAUCUCGAGGAGGAAGGCGACACAGAUGAUGUGCUUGAGAAGGUCAAGUCAAAGGCAGGCAACAACAUCAAGCGUCUUGGGAAGAACCCAGAGGUUGACACGUCAUUUAUCCCGGAUGUUGAGCGGGAGGAGGAGUUGCGUAAGAAGCGAGAGGAAUUGCGCAAGGAGUGGCUGGAGAAGCAGGCUGCCCUCAAGAACGAGCCAGCAGAGAUUGUCUACUCGUACUGGGACGGCUCUGGUCACCGUCGUACGGUUCAGGUCAAGAAGGGCGAUACUGUGGGCCAAUUCCUACAGGCGGCGCUCAAAGAUUUGCGGCCGGACUUCAACGACCUCAAGUCGACGACAUCUGAUCAGCUCAUGUACAUCAAGGAGGAUACCAUUGUCCCACAGCACUACACUUUCUAUGACCUCAUUGUCACGAAGGCGCGCGCUCGCACGGGACCGCUGUUUGACGAGAAGGCAAUCGUCGACGUGCAUGUGCGGAGCGAUGCCACCAUCGAGAAGGAAACACAUAUUGGCAAGGUGUGCACGCGCAACUGGUACGAGAAGCACAAACACAUCUUCCCUGCCAGCAGCUGGGAGAACUACGACCCCAUCGAGUACGCAAAGUACCAGAUUGAGGAGUGAACGAGAGUUGACAUGUUGGUGGGUUUGGGAUUGUGAGUGUGCCGUGGACCUAGCAUUGAUGGUUUGGUUUGGUGGGAAGCCGGGCUGGUUUUUGGUUGACGACAGUGACAGGCGGAGAUGGUUUGUCGCUGGCAUGCGGAUGUGGUGUGGUGGUCAGUAGAGAGCUGGUUGGAGAUGGUAUGUGUGCAUCUGCUGGUGUGAGUGCUGCUUGAGUGAUGCGCAUGCUACUCUGCUGCUACCAUGUCACAUCACCCCACCACUGUUGUCAUCCUCAUCAUUGAACUGUAAGGGCUCUUGAC